AUGCAAACUGGUUUAAAAUCAAUCUUCGCACAACCUUUGUAAGUUUGGUUGGUUAUAUUGCUUUUUUUGUAUUUUUUGCUGACUCUUUGGGAAACUGCUGUAAGUUUAUAUUUAAAAAAGCAUGUCUUUUUUUUUUUCGUUACGGAAUUGGAGAAAAAUCGUUUUUUUUUCCCUAGAGACCAUUUUUGAAAAAUUGACAAAGUGUUUUAAGCCGAAAACUUAUCCGAAUUAGAAGAUUCCGACGGUUUCAAUCGACAGAAGUACCCGAAAAAUGUUGGAAAUGCGAAAAAUCUUUCGCCGGUGGCAAGUUUUGCGAGUCUUGUGAGUUUUCAGUAGGGUUGAAUUUGAAAAUUUCGAUUUCAUUUAGGCCAAACAAUACAGCCGGUGAUUGAAAAGAAUCUUUUCAAUUAUGUUGGUGUACCUCUUUCUUUCAAUGUGGAUUUGGCAGCGCUGAAGAAAAAGUUAGUGUUUUGCGAAUCUUUGAUUUUUUAUUCCUUGAAUUAUUCGAUUCAUGAAGGCUUUUUUCCACCGAUUUUCAAGGUUUUAAGACUUUCCAGUGGUUUUCAAAUUUUCUGAACUCUUCUGCACCAUUAAAGGCCGUCUUUUUUUGAAAUUUUGAAUAUUAAACCUAGCAAUCUUUCUUUGAUUCAUUGUAAAUCGAAAAAGGCCUGAAACCUUUGAAAGCUGCAUUCGAAAAACGCAGAAAACUUACAAAUACAGCCGAGAAUCGAAAAAAGGGCCAUAACUUUUGAACUUCGAAAACCCAAAAAACCGUUGUGUAUUUGUCAAAAAAAAAUUUAUUUUCCAGCUUCCGCGACUUGCAAUCCUCCGUUCAUCCGGACAAAUUCGCGCAAGCCAGCGAACAAGAGAAGAAUUAUUCCGAAGAACAUUCGAGAAAACUCAACGAAGCCUACAAAACCCUAACCGAACCCAUGAAACGCGCCAAGUAUAUGUUUGAGCUGAUGGGCGGGAAAAGCAAGGAAAAAGGUUUUUUUGAUAAAAUUUUCAUUUUUUCAAGCAAAUAUAUCUAUUUCUAGGCGACCUUGACCAAGAGGCUCUUAUGGAAAUGAUGGAGAGAAACGAGGAGAUUUCCGAAAUUACGGAUAAGGAACGGCUAAAAGAAGAGGAGAAGAAAGUCGGGGUUCGUAAAUUUUUUUUUGGCUGGAAAAAACAGGUCAACGCGAAUUUUUUAAUAACGCUUUUCUAUAGAGUUUCAUGAUACUAUAGUUGAACUUUCAAAAUUUUUUUUCUUUAGAAUUUUGGAGUGGUCUAUUGAAAAAUUCUAUAGGGAUUAGGGUGAUAAACAGUGAUAAACGGGGCUCCUAGAGUUUAAGUGGUCCCCAUAGGGACUUUUCAGUUUUUAUUCCAAUAACGCUUAUUUAUCUAGUUUUCGCAAGGUGUUCUUUAAUUAUCGACUAGCAUGUCCUCUAUAGGGACCACUUACUGAACCCCUAUAGGAAACACUUCUUCAAGCGUUAGGGGUUCCUAUAGGGCCUGGUAAAAAGGUCCCUAGUGGGUGACCCUCCAAGAACCCCUAUAGGGAACGCUCUGGAGCUCCUAAGUUUUUUAUUUCGGAGUUUUGAUCUUUAAUAACCAUCUGCAAGUACUUAUUCAGCUCCUAUUCAUUCAAACUUGAAGAUUUUCUUUUUUAAAAAAGGAACUAAACUUGAAACGCGUCUCUCGAAAAAAAAAAAAACUUGAAAAGCUGGCAAAUUUACAGGACGAGAUCCAGGCGAAGCUGAAGGAUUUGGACACAUUUUUCGGCGAGAAGAAUAUCGACGGCGUUUCUCAAUCGAUUACCCAACUCAGUUAUCUUUAUUCCUUGCGGAAUGCAAUACAGAAACGAUUAAACCCCGGAUUUACCUGA